AUGUAUGAUGACGAUUGUUUGGAUUAUUACGUGAGCGAGAAAAUCGGAGAUCUGAAUAUAGGAAUAGGAGUACCGGAUCGAAUAAAACAUCAGAUCGUUUCUUUUUGUCGACGUGAUAAUUUUCAAGAAGAAAAUUUUACCAUUGACAAGAAUAUUCCAGUAUUAUCGUUCUAUGAUAUGUAUCAACGUAACGUUAGUAGUGUUCAAUUAUAUUUGUGGUCAGCUAAUUUGGAUGUCAUUGAAGAAUACGAAGCUUUUAGUCAAAAUCCUAGCAAUCGUCAUAUAAAUGAAUCAUCAUUGAAAUUUUACAAUUGUUCUUCGAAACAUAAAUUUGGUCGUUUUUGUCAAUACUCCUUCGGUUUCCAGAUACCAUUCGAUCAUCUUGUUGAAAGCGUGUUAACAAAAACUCAUGCUGCUCCAUUCAUGACAACUUGUUAUGAACAUUUGAAUUGCACACGUGAUGAAAUCCCAUGGUGUUUGGAUUGGCGUGAGAUAUGUGAUGGAAAAGUUGAUUGUUGGCCUAUUCCUGUUGAUGAACAUAAUUGUGAGAUGUUGGAGGAUAAUGAGUGUGGAUCACAUGAAUAUCGAUGUUUUAAUGGUCAAUGUAUUCCAGAGAUAUUUCUAUCAGAUGAUAUUGUUAGUCCAGAUUGUAUUGAUCGAUCGGAUGAAGUUUUGCAACAAUCAACAUUAUAUCCAAGAAAUUGCAAUAAGGGUGAUCCAGGAAUGCGAUGCACAGACAUCACCUAUCCACAUUGGUCGCUAAGUGGUGCACUAUGUUGCAAUCCAUCAUGUGGCACAGGAUCUUGUCGUACACAUCUUGUUGAACAAUAUGAGCGUAGUCUAUUAUCAUACGAUGCUAAUACCCAUAUCACAGAAAAAUGUUGGGCUACUAUGAUUUGUUUAGUUCAAGCAACACAACGAGUUCUUUCUGAAAAUACAAGCUAUGCACAUUUAUUCGACGGUGGUUGCAAUAAGGUUUGUUCAGAGUCGCAACAAUCAUGCCGUGCAAAAAUGGUGGAGUAUUGCCCUCCUUUAUUUGAAUUUCCAGCAAAGUCUCUUGGAUGGCAUCAUGCACAUUUUGUGUAUUCACGCAAUCAAACAAGUUCAAAUACAAUGUCUCACAUGCCAGAUUACGUCUGUUAUGACGAACAAGAUUGCUCGAUUUCUCAACCUAUUAUUUACUUCAGAAAAUUAAGUCAACCAUCUGUCGUUGUCGCUUGUGAACUUCCAAAUGUCGAAAUAAUUAGGGGACGUUGGAUUUCCCAAGUAGCAUUCUUUCGACGACAAGUCAUCCUGCAAUGUCCAUUAAAAACCUAUAGAAAAGAAACUCGUUGUUCUGCACCUAAUCAAUUUCAUUGUGGUAAUAGAUGUAUCUCAAAACAUCGCCUUGCCGAUUGCUAUACAGAUUGUCUUGGUGAAACAGAUGAAACAUACAAUCAAAGCUGUGCUCUGAAUCAUAAGCAUCGUUUGACAUGCUCAUCUAACAUAGCGGGAACACUCAUUACAAAAUGCAUACCCAGUACAAAUAUAUGGGGUGGAAAGCGGGAUGAUUGCCGAUCAAAUAUAGAAUUACCUCAUUUUCCGACGUUAUGCGAUGGUUAUAUUGAUUAUAAGGAAAAGAUUAACAGUGUUAUGAAUACAGAUGAAAUGAAUUGUGAACGAUGGCAAUGUGAUAAUCAAUAUACACGCUGCGAUGGAAUAUGGAAUUGUCCCAAUGGAACCGAUGAGGCACGUUGCUUUCAUCCUGUUUGUCGUGGAAUAAUUGGACAUCCAUGCUUGCUACGUAAUACAACGGAGUUUAUUUGUCUGCCUCUACAAUAUAGUAAUGAUGGAAUUGUUCAUUGUUACGGAGCAACGGAUGAACUAAGUUUUUGUCAAAAACAGUUUGGUGAAGGAACCAAUUUUCUUUGUUUAGCAAAUAAUGUCGAUGAUCAGGAGCUAGCUAAUCAGUAAGUUAAUUUUAUGAAUAUAUUUGUAUAACUGACUUAAAGUAUUCUUUUUCAUUUCACACUAUUAAACCAAGGGGUAAUAAUAUUUUAGAACAAAGAUCCCAUGAAAACGUGAACGAAUUGAUUACAUUCUAAUAUCAUUAACCUAUCUUCCUUCUUGAGAUUAAUCAAUAUUCUGAAGUUCAUAAUUAUUAUUUCAGUAAUUCCCUAUGAUAUAUCGCAAUGUAUUUAUUCGUUUCUAAUCGCUCUCAUAUAGGGAAGGUCAGGAUUACAUGUAGUUUAAAAGUUAGUCGAAAGCAGAAAUUUGCCAGCAGAUAACGUAAGAAAGUUAGACAAUACGUAAAUUAGCUUAUGAAAAGCAGAAAAGUAGUCAAAGAAUAAAAUAAGAGGCACUAUUAAGCCCCCCCCCCCCCCCCUCAAAAAAGUCACAUUUCGUCAGAAUCAUUGGAAUUGAGAUAAAUCCAUAGGAAGAUAGCCUGUCAUUUGCUCUUUCAUAAACGAUAAAAAUUUUUCUUCAAUACCUCUUUUGUUCCGAAAAUUUUUCAAGAUUUCUGACAACCCCUAUUCGAAAAACCAGCGGUUUUUGAAAAAAUCCAAAAAUUUUUUUCUUUUUUUCUCAAAGUGGUAGUCGAGCGACGAAUCACCACCAAAAGUCAAUUAUAAUCCGAUAUAAAGUCAAAUAUUUUUUUUUGUUUGAAAGAGCAUGUCAGGAUGCAGUGCCUAUGAGAGCCCCUUUUUUGAUAAAGCUUUCUUAUUAUUAUAUUGAAAAGCGACUUUAUAAUAUAAGCAUCAUUUUUUUGAGGGAUUUUUGAAUGCUUGAAUUUGUGAACCCUUUUUUUCUUAUUAAAGAUAAGAAUUUUAAAAAAAGGGCCCUCAUAGGCACUGCAUCCUGACAUGCUCUUUCAUAAGAAAAAACAAUGAACCAAAUUGAAUGAACACCCAUAGAGAAUUUUUGGGGAUGCGAUAAGCUAUUUUUCGACCCUUGUUUGAUUCGUAUCUAAUUUAUACAUCAGGAUAGGAGGCUGAAAAUUUUACCACAGACGUACUUUUACAGCUCCAACAUAUAACCAAAGUUUCAUGCCAUCUCGAUGUUCCGGAGCUGAGAGCGAUUUUUGAGGGGGGGGGGGGGGUGA